UCUACGGGCCACAACAGCCAUGAUUAGACUGCAGUCGCCAUCGUCGGCUGCGGCUGUAGCCGCUGCGCUGCUGCUGCUGCUGCUGCUGCUGGCGGCUGCGACCGGCGCCGACGCGGAAGCCGCCAAGCGAGUGGUGCGGACUCGCCACGGAACCGUGCGUGGAACCGCCAAGCAGUCCUACCAGGGUCGCCACUUCCUGGCCUUCUACAACAUACCCUUUGCCAAGCCGCCGGUUGGACCGCUUCGGUUCAGGAGCCCUCAGCCUCCAUUGCCAUGGAUACAUGUCCGCGAUGCAACGGUUCCUGGACCAGUUUGCGCGCAGAACUCUCUCUUCGAGACAUUUCGGCCUCCGAUUGGAACUGAGGAUUGCCUGUACUUGAACGUCUUUACACCAGAGCUAAAGCCUGCAAAACUGCUUCCUGUCAUGGUCUGGAUUCAUGGUGGUGGGUUUGUGGAAGGUGCCGCCACCUGGUAUGAACCUGGCUUUCUACUUGACCACGAAAUUGUCCUCGUCACGACUAACUACCGCGUUGGUCCCUUAGGCUUUCUAAAUACUGGCGACGAGAACGCUCCAGGAAAUUAUGGCCUCAAGGACCAGGUGGCGGCGCUCAAGUGGGUCAAAGACAACGUUGAAGCCUUUGGUGGCGAUCCCAACAGCGUGACGAUCUUUGGGGAGAGUGCUGGGGGCGCUAGCGUGCACUAUCUCAUGCAUUCUCCCCUCACCAGAGGCCUCUUCCACAGAGCCAUUUCCCAGAGCGGCGUGUCAACAGCGCCCUGGGCGGUACCGGAGCCUGGAGCGCUGGACAAGGCGCGCAAGGUGGCGGCCAUGGUCGGCUGUCCCACGGAGCCGAACGCCGCGCUAGUAGACUGCCUCAGGACCGUCGACGACUACACGCUAACCGCCACCGAGAUAAGCUUCUUAGAGUGGUUCAUCUGUCCUCUAAUACCAUUCCGAGCAGCAAUAGAAGGCGAGGGGGAAGAUUCAUUUCUGCCUAAACAUCCGGGAGACAUGGAGCCCCAUACAGCCGUACCGUGGCUAACUGGAGUCACAAUAGAAGAAGGAUACUUACAUUCAGCACCAAUUAUUGCAAACAAGACGAUGCUAAGCGAACUGAAAGAGAACAGCAAAAGGUUGUUGCCAAUUUCUGUGCCAUACCACCUGUUGCCGCAAGCUGACCUCAUAAAUGAGAAGAUACACGACUUUUAUUUUUCCAGAGGAUUUUCUAACAACAAAAUCACUGAAUUCUAUUCAGAUUCCGUUUUCAUCUGGCCCGCAGUCGACGCUGUCGGAAGAUACAAAGACAGAGCGCCAGUGUAUUUCUAUUUGUUUUCGUAUAAGGGGAAGUACAGUUUCACAGAUUUAGCUGGAAGCGACGAAAUCUCAGGUGUUGCUCAUGGAGAUGAUUUGCUGUACCUCUUUUCGAACAACUCUUAUUAUACAAUACCUGGCGAGAGGCCAGCGAAGGAUAUGGAAGUAGUAAAGGCCAUGACCAAACUCUGGACGAAUUUUGCAAAAACUGGAAACCCAACACCGAACGACGAGCUGAUACACUGGCCGAGAGUGACUUCAGACACUGAACCGGAGUACCUGGAAAUAGGCGAGAAGCUGGAAGCGAAGAAGGGGCUACUCGAAGAGCGAAUGGAAUUCUGGAGAUCGCUUCCACUCAGUAGGGUGCCUCAGAGAAACGUAGAAAAACAAGAACUCUGACCUGAUUGUUAAUUAAGUAAAUAGGCAACUAAUUUUUCACAUCGAAGUUCAAUAAACGUCCUUUAUUUUACAGCGAA